AUGAAAGUGUCGAGUUUACCAGAAAUUAUUUUUAUUGUUUUAUAUGUAGGCAUUUUAUCAGUGCUGAAUGAAGAAAUGGACAGCGCAAUAGAAAAAAAGAAUGCUUUAAGUCGAUUUCGCGGAAGUAUUAUACGUAACACUGGCACCAGCAUUGUGAGAGAUAUUGAAGUACGCUCAAACUAUUCUUUGGUGUCAGCCAUCACAAUGAUUGCGCCAUCACCUGAUUGGUUUACUGGAGUUCAUGAUUACAAUUUAUGUAAUGAAAGUAACGGAAAGUGGUUUGAUAAAAGGGUGAAAGAUUUGUUUCUCUAUGACUCUGGUACAGAUGAUGCUCCAAAAUUUGUUCAUGAAGAUACACCAUCAAACCCAGCUGUAGCUAUCUUUCUCAUCACCAACAAGCAUGAAGGAUCUUUGAAGAGCAACAACACAAUCAAAAGAUUUGGAACUUUCACCUUCACAAAUGGCGCAAACGUAAUUACUUAUGGCCAUGCUAACGUGGCAAUAUUGAAUAUGCUUAUUUGUUAUAUAUUAAUUGUCACUAAAUAAUUAAUAUUUACUUUUUGUGAUAUAUAUUGUGCGAUUAUUUCACUCGAAUCGAACUUCUUCGUCAUUUGAAUACUUUAUGUGUAGAAUAAUAGAAGAUUAUAAUAUUCAUCCAAGAAAAAUUCUAUCUCACAUACCUAACUCUUAAAAUGUUUGAAUUUGAAAUGCAGACAAGAAGGCUUAAAAUACAUGUACUACUGUACUCCGACAAUGUCGCUUACAUUGAUACGACUGUAUAAAAGUUAAAGCCAAGCAUACCUUAUUAAUUCAAAACAAAAAAUAAAAAUAGUGAAACCUGGAGUAAAGAAUGCUGUGUGUAUGUAAUUUCUAUAGCAUGAUGGUGUACGUUUGUCAGCGGAUGCAUGCGAGCCUGGAAAAUGUGAGAGAGAAUGUUCUAUAUCUGAAGGGAGACAAAAUCUGUAG